GAAAAGCCCAGUUCCUUGAAACAAGCCCCUCCUCUCCUGACGUCAGUGUUGGAAAUGAGAGACGCUCGUUGCCUUAGAAACUGCCAACAGACGGUGGUGCUGAGAGCUGAAAAUAAUCGGAAGAAUUUCACCUCGAGAGGGGGAAGGAUGAGUAACGGCACCUUACACGCCCCGCCUGUCAGCAGGGACCGAGUAAUCUCUCGAUUUCCCAAGUGUUACAUACCUGAAGCCUGUCUCCAGUUUAAAGAUCAGUUCCAUGUUCAAGUUAAAUAUGCCUGCCAAGAACGACAAACCAGAAAUGUUGGACUCAAAAUGUCAAAGGUGGUGGUGGUUGGGGACCUAUAUGUAGGGAAGACGUGCCUUAUUAACAGAUUUUGUAAAAAUGUGUUUGACCGAGACUACAAGGCUACAAUCGGGGUUGAUUUUGAAAUCGAGCGGUUUGAAAUUGCUGGAACUCAAUACAAUCUACAAAUCUGGGACACAGCAGGGCAAGAGAAAUUCAAGUGCAUUGCUUCUGCAUAUUAUCGAGGUGCUGAAGUCAUUAUAAUAGCCUUUGACUUGGCUGACAUACAGACCCUGGAUCACACAAAGCAGUGGCUAGAGGAUGCACUGAAGGAAAAUGAACAGGGUUUAAGUACCAUAUUUCUUGUGGGCUCUAAGAAAGACUUAUUGUCACAGGCUGAAUAUGAGCGAACAGAAGCUGAUGCCAUUAAAGUAGCUACUGAGAUGCAAGCAGAGUAUUGGGCUGUGUCUUCUAAAACAGGUGAAAACGUGACGGAAUUCUUCUUCAGAGUGGCAGCCCUGGCAUUUGAAGCAUCUUUACUGAAAGAACUGGAAAAAAAAGACUUCCCUUCUGCAAGGAUCGGUGAGGGAACAACCAUCCGAAUGGAUAAAACUACAGCUCAGCUCUCAGGAAACAGGAUCAAUUCCAGCAAUGGCUGCUGUUGAAAUUCAAUAUCCAGACUUUCAUAACAUUGAUUAACCCUCCAUUUGUUUCGUACACCAUGGUAUUGGCAAACACAAAGAGGUUGUGGAUUUAAACAAUUCAUUGACUGCAAUCUGAUGUCAGAUUGAGGUCCAAUAAUUCUGGACAUGUGUUACCUGUGACUUAUAUCAAUAGAAAAAUCUGGGAGAGCUAGAAACUCCUGAGCAUUAAGAUUCUAAACAGAAAUUGAGUUGUGGGCUGAAGUGGGCCUUUCAGAAAGGUAUUGAUAAGCUCUGAGGGUAAAAGAAGAAAUAUAUCAAAAUAAUAAAUAUGUAUAAGGCAAACCUAUAUGAGACAAACGCCACUGAAGAUCAGUUAUUUAUUAAUUUGGAUUAAGGAUUAUUUAAUUGCUAAUACCACUCAUGUCAAAAGCCACUUCAGUGUGACCUAAUGUCUAUAACAAAUAAUUUUUUUUGAAAUUGCCCUUUUGUGAAACAGCAUUGAGUUUGUUAAAUAGCUGAAGGUUUUUGAGAUUGUGUGUAAUCUUUGUAAAAUAUAAGCAUACUGUUAUUCAUCAUUAACAAGGCUAUUUUAACGAUCACGACCCAAAAAUGGAACCCCGAGGAAGGGGAGGGCCAUUAAUAUUUUUUGGUGUGAAGACAAAUAAACAUUGACAACCUAAGGUGAAAUCUUCUUAAUGGGACUAUAAUUAUUGAACAAUGGUAAUUUUAAAUGCCCAGUGCUGGCAUGGAAUUUCUGUUGUCUAUCACAUGUAAUGAGUGUUUUAUGAAUUUCUUGUUUUGUGUAUAAGUAUGCUUAGAGUUUAGAAUCACCAAGAGAUUACAGCAUGUUAGAGAUUGAUUUCUCUGGCUCAAGGUUUAUGCUUUUUCCCUUCGAUGAUGAAUCCUGAUCUUGACCCUCCCAUCAGGAGAACUGCUAAAUGAAACCCAGGUACUCCUAACUAGGAGGAAGGGAGAAAUCUGAGGUUGGUGGGGGCGUGGAGGUAGCUUUGAAUUGUCCUUAUGCCUAGUUGCUGAAUUCAGAAUGACUUUGAUAGAAGCAUGGAAUGAUUUUAUCCAUUUGCAAUGAAUAGGCAGAAAAAAUUGUAAAAGUAUCAUAGAAGCAUAGGAGUCCCUGGUGAGCAAUAAACCUGAGGCAUGAAUGCAGCUUUAAUUUAAUCCCAUACAGUUACAUUAAUAUUAUACUGCUUGAUCAGGCAAAUUGGACAACAAAAUGCAUUUGUUCAACUCCUUCCCUUCUUGGGCUCGUCCUAGCACCACCUCCCAACCCACCACUCCUGACUCCGCACUCUAGGUGGGGAGGACUGAAGCUGCCAGUCCUUCAAGGGAAAUCUGAGUAAAAAUGUGAUUUCAGACUAGAUUUCUAGUCUCCCAGUUAACCACCCAAUAGUCUCUCCCCAAGCUUUCAAAGUCCCUGGACUUGUCUUCUGCCAUUCAUCUCUGAUUUGAUUGUUGCUAAAUUCAAAGCUAACAGAUUUUCAGUAAAGGGAAAUGGGUUGUCUCUGCCCAUUUAUUGUAUUUUAGACCUACAUGGUGUACAGGGCAGAGAAAUGAUUUAGAGUCGGUCACAGUGAUGUGAACCCAAUACAAGGGACCAAGUGGCCACCUUCAUUGAUUCUUUCCUUUCUUUGAAUCACUCCUAUGAUUCAAUGAUAUUCGGAGGCUUCCUCCUCACCACCGCAACCUCAAGAUUAGCUGUUUAACAUGCCUGAAAACUGACUUUUCUACCCAAACUGAGCAAGUAACUGAAACUAUAAUAUACAUACAGUAUAAAAGCACCUUUAAUAUUCCAAUUAACUAUGAGUCAUACACAUUGCAUUUUUUUCAGCAAUGUUUUGAAGUUGUGGGGUGUAAUCAAGAGAUACCAAGGCAUCAAUGGGCCUUUUCUUGAGUUGAAGCUGAGAUGUCAAGUACAGCUCACUCACUUUUGAUUUGUGAUGGUCUCGCUCAUAGUGAAAUAAAAUCUGUCCAUGCUAUGUUCUAUUUAUACCCAAGAUAAAAUUUUUAUUCAUUCUUGCAAUGCUCACAUCUCAAGAACAAAUAUAAAAUGAAAUGGCUACUUGACUGAAGUGCCUCAGUGGAUUGAGUGACACUGUUAUCAAAACCCAUUGAGGAUCGGUAUUCUUUGGCAAGGAGGGGAGAAAAUUAGAUAAAAGAUAUUUAAGUUACUUAGGAUUGUGUGAAAACACUGAAAAUAAUUAAUCAUUCAUAGGGCACUAUGCGGAUGUGGCCUAGGUAUGAAAGAUGUCAAACUGCUGUGGAAGGUCAUUUAACAGUUUGUAUUACGCUGUCUGCAUUGUGUAAUAAAAUGUAAGAGUGCUUUCAAUUUGUCUUGUAGCCUUCUGAAACCAAAUUCCUGUUCAUACCAGUUUCUUUCAUUUCCUGUUUUAUGUAUGAAUAACAUAUGAAAAAUAGGAAUUCAGAAAGUGGCCAUGAUUUUAUCAUUUGAGGACACUUCCAGGGCAGUUCUGAAUUUACUGAAAUGCUGUGGAAGUAAAGGAAUGGUUUCAACGUUAAAUGCAAAUAGCGGUCAAUCUUAUUAAAUUGGUAGCCUUUGAACAGAUACAUUAAUGUUGCAGACCUAGCAUAUAUUUAUAUAUUAUCUGUUUAAAAAAAAUAAUGUCUUGGUUGCUCACUGAAUUGGAAAUGUAAUGCUAUUGUGUUAUUCCCAGCCCAUUGCUGAAUGAAGUAAUCUGGGAUUACAAUUGUUCACACCUACUUCAAAAUAUUGAUCGUACACAAGUAUUUGUCUCUCUUUAAAAGUUUAGGAUUUAUCAAACCAAAUAACUUGCAUCAUCAAAUCAUGCAGGUGUUGCUGCCUUUUCACUUGCAUGUUGUAGUAUCUUGUCAAAAUAAUGCAUAUGUUCCUCUCAUUCUACUUCAUCAGAAAACAUGAGUAUUUUACAUGAGUAAUUCCACAAAAAAACCCCUAAAUUAUUGCCAUAGUUUAUGUACCACAAAGCGUAUAUGUCUUGAAACAAGUUCAGUAACCAUUCAUCUGCUGGACUUGUCUAUUUUCACCUUGUGAUUCUCUAAGAUUGAUUACAUAGUUGGAAUUACAGGUCUGUUUGUUUUGCCUACUUAUGAAAUUAUUGCUCCAUCCAAAUUGGUUUAUAUAAAUUAUGAAUUUAUUUUAAUUUAGCACUAAUUUGCACCUGCUUUAAAAAAAGGAAACUUAAUUAAAUUCAACAUUGCUGCA